CACACACAUACACAGGAACCAGAAAAAGUAAAAGCAAAAUUUGCAUCCUCCAGAUCCAGCCUAAAAGAAAAGGCCAUUCGAUGGAGUCAACUUCGUCGUCCGAGUCCAAAAUCGCCACGGCCAAGGCAGUGUUCGCGGCCGCCGCAUCCUUCACGGCCACGGUGAUGCUUGCCCGCUCCAUCACCCAGGAUCUGCUUCCCGACGACCUCCAGUACUACCUCUCCUCCGCCGUCCGCAGCUUCCUCACCCGCUUCUCCUCCCAGCUCACCCUCGUCAUCGAGGAAUACGAUGGCCUCGUCAGCAACCAAAUCUACGACGCAGCGCAGAUCUACCUGUCCGCCAAGAUCUCCCCCACCACUCGCCGUCUGCGGGUUGCCAAGCCCGCAGGCGAGGACAACCUCAACAUUUCAAUGGAGCCCUGCGAGGAGGUCGUGGACGUGUUCGGCGGUGCCAAGCUCAAGUGGGUCGUGGCCUCGAGGCCAGUCGAGACGGGUUUCGGAGCCAGCCGAGGGAGGGGGAGGGGGAGGAGGAGGACGAUGGACCUGGUCCCCACGGAGUCCGAGGCCCGCUUCUUCAUGCUCAGCUUCCACAACAAGCACAAGGACAUGGUGUUGAGCACGUACCUGCCUCACGUGGUGGAGGAAGCCAAGGGGAAGAGGCAGGAGAAGAAGACGCUGAAGCUGUUCACGCCGUGCUAUGAUCGCAUGUAUCACAGCAGCCUCUCCGAUGUGUGGACCCCGAUUAACCUCGACCACCCAGCAACGUUCGAGACGCUCGCGAUGGAGGCAGCGACCAAGCAGUUCAUCAUGGAUGACUUGAACAGGUUCGUCAAGAGGAGAGAGUAUUAUAGGAAAGUGGGCAAGGCGUGGAAGAGGGGGUACUUGCUGUACGGUCCGCCGGGAACAGGGAAGUCGAGCCUGAUCGCGGCCAUGGCGAAUUACUUGAAGUUCGACAUCUACGACCUCGAGCUGACCGAGGUGACCCAGAACUCAGCAUUGAGGAAGCUGCUGGUGGCGACGGCGAACCGGUCGAUCCUGGUGGUGGAGGACAUCGACUGCACCAUCGAGUUCCACGACCGCAUGGCUGAGGCCCGGGCGGCGAGCUCCGACUGUAGCGAACCCGAGAACCAGGUCACCUUAUCAGGCUUCCUCAAUUUCAUCGAUGGGCUCUGGUCUAGCUGCGGUGAUGAGCGAAUCAUAAUCUUCACCACAAACCAUAAAGAAAAGCUUGAUCCGGCACUUCUCCGACCAGGUCGUAUGGAUGUUCAUGUCCACAUGUCUUAUUGCACCCCAUGUGGGUUUAAGCUUCUGGCUUCAAAUUACCUUGGGGUCAAGGAUCAUGCGCUCUUUGGAGAGAUCGACAAUUUGAUUUGCACUACCGAAGUCACUCCUGCCGAAGUCGCGGAGCAGAUGAUAAAGAGUGAGAAGCCCGAAGAUGCAUUGAAGGAUAUGAUUCAGUUCCUCAAGAUGAAGAUUAAGGAAAACGAGGAGCUCAAAUCCAAGAAGGUGGAGCAAGAAUUGUUAGCAGAGAAGGAGGGGGGAAAGGAGGCGCAAGAGGGGUACAAAAUAUGAACGUGAAGGAAGACAACAAAGCGAAUGAUGACGAAAAUCUUUUAAUUGUGAUAAAGUGACGGCCCACUCCCUUUUUUUUUUUCUUUUUCUACUUAUAAUAAUUACUAUAAAUAAGCAUUUUAUGUGUUUUGUUUCUCAGCUUAUUAAAGAUAAGUGCAUUCGGGGCCUCA